UAAUUAUUAUUAUGUUACCUGUACAUAGUGGACGUGAUAUUAUUUGUGAAAUAUUUCUUUGUGAAUCAUAUUGUUAGCCGUGAAAUAACUAGAUAAUAUAGAUAAUAUUCGGUGUAAAAAAAAUGUGAUGUUGUGACAAAAGAAAUAAAAAAAAUAAAAGAUAAAACUACAUAAUGUUACCAUACGCAAACGAGAAGAAGGAAGAAAUCGUAAAUGAAGAACCUUAUGAAUAUGAUAAAAAUGCAAAGCAAAUCAAAUGGUACGAUGCGGUGUUACUAAACAGGACAUUACGGGUUGCCAUCGGAUUGGUCUUGUUAUCAGUACUAAUACCCGUGUUACUAUAUCAAUACAUAUUCGUAAUGACUGCUGAGAGACCACCAUUGGACGGAUUCUCCACUGGAUCGUGCGUCAUUCAAAGAUCUGCAAGACUUCCGUGUGGCUCAGGAAACGUGUCACAAGAAGAAUGUCACCCACAGUGUUGUUACGAUACAAUUAACAAAAUCUGUUUUCACAGAUAUCCAUCGCGGUUCUCGUAUAUCUUCCAACAGAAAUGGUCUGAAGAUGUCAUCCUUAUGCCUAGAAUCGCAACGGUUCCAUACAACUUUCAAGAGAGUUUUAAAACCAUGAAAUUGUCUAUAGAUGAAAUAUCUCCAACACACAUGUCGCUAACGUUUUACGAUCCACAAAAAACGUCACUUAGCGGACAAAGAAUAGAGAAUAAAAUGUACAGUUACGAAGUGUUACCUACCGAGAUGGAUAUAUCCGUAAAUGGACCGCAAGGACGAUUAUUCAGUACAUUGAGAGGUCCUUUGAUUGCGUCAAAUAACAUUUGGGAAAUAGCUUUCAGAGUAACAAACGAAUCAAUUUAUGGUCUCGGAGAAUUGCCCCUGAAAGAGGGCACAGUGAAAGUUAUUUAUAACCACGAUGGAGGUUUAAAUACUGCGCCAUUAAUCUAUGCGAAAUUAAACGGCUCUUAUCAUGGUGUACUAAUUGAGGCCCGAGCACCAACUGAAAUAUCAAUACAGGGGGAGAACAAUGUCGUUGUUAGAAGUAUAACGAGUGACGGCUUGAAAUUACACGUAUUUGUAGGACCGAAGCCUGCAGAUGUAAUGAACGAUGUACGAAAGUUUAUCGGUUCAAACAAACAGUUAGAAUAUUGGAUGCUUGGUGCCCAUAUUUGCAACGAAAUUGCUGAGACACCAGAAGAAGCUUUUGAAGAUCUACAGAAAUUUGUAACAUCAGCUAGUCAAGAGAAAAUACCCUAUGAAAGCCACUGUGGUACUACUCCAAUCGUUUUUCAAAACGAAGUAUGUUUAGAUUCUGGCAUUUACUUUGAUAAAGGAGGAGAGCUUUUAAAAAACGCCAGCAAAAAAGUAAUAGGUCAUGUUUCGCCACAUAUAAUAUAUGGAGAACAUAAUAGCACAGUUUCGGAAGACGUUGAGAAAAGUAUAUCAUUAAACGAAUCUUGUGUAAAUAUAGCUCAUGAUUUCAAUGAAUUUAUAAUCCGCGAACCGAAUUCAUUUGAUGUUUAUAAAGGCUUAAUAGGAAAUUAUGAUGUUUUAUAUCCUGACUAUGAAAAUAUAACUGAAGAAUUCUUACAAAACAUAUGGGCCUAUAAUACUGAAUUAGACGGUGUGAUCAUAGAAAAUAUUUGGCCUCUAGAUGAAUCUGUCAAAGAUCAUGAAGCCAAGUAUUUAUCUUUACCGUACUUCAAUAAGAAUUUCGAAACAGCAUUCAAUCAGACGCCGCAGUGGAAUUGUACUCGUCCUAACGGUAAAACAUACUACCACAGUCACAACGAUUAUGCAAAUAAUUUUAUCGAUGCUGUUAAUUUUGCAUCCGGAGGUAUACCGACGUGGGCAUCCAAUCAAUGGAGAAAAGGAGAUGUCAUGAUAAACAGGCAAAAUAUUUCCACUUCUUGGACAAACCUUCGGAAAGAACUGGUUGAGGCUGCUUUGGGCGGUAUAUCAGGGCAUUGGCUUUGGUCGACGCCUAUUUGUGGAGAUACAGAUAAUUAUAACAAUAAAACUCAAAUCGAACUUUGCCUUAAAUGGUAUAUGGCUGCUACAUAUAUGCCCAUGAUUAAAAUACAUUCCAAGUCAGUAGCGAAACAUCCUUUGGCUUUCGAGGGAACUGAUAGGAGACUUACGAUUAACGCACUGAAUCAAAGGUUAACUAUGUUGCCAUAUUUCUAUACAACAUUGCAAGAAGGACCACUUCUUAGACCAAUGUUUUACCAGUUCCCUUCAUCUGAGAGUUUAAAAGACUUGACGACCCAAUUCAGCGUUGGAGACAACUUGUUGAUAGUUCCAAACUUAACCCCAAGUCAGAGUCAUGUUCAUGUAUGGCUUCCUCCUGGAAGUUGGUAUGAAAUCUGGAGUGGAUUUAAACUAAAAGGUGAAGAAGGUGAUGCAGUCACAAUGACUACGACUAGUGCCGAUUUUCUGACACUAAUACGUGGAGAUUCAAUUAUUGCGUUGCAAAAAGAUGUUGAAGAGACUGCCGACAAAACUCGACUGCAAUCUAGUUUUUCUUUGAUAGUAGCUAUCGACUGCCAUUUUGUAAAUAUCACCAAUGAAUUCAAUAACACCAUUCAACAAAAAGUAUGCGAAGCUUCUGGACACAUGUACAUGACUAAUAAUAUGUCUCUCAAAUUCGAAACGGAUACGAGGCAGUUAAAAAUAACAGCUGUAGGUGAUGAUUUUGAUGCACUGUGUGACACAGAUAAAGCUAUAUGGGCUCAUACUAUCAAAGAAAUUAAUGUUUAUGGUUUAGAUGAUAAGGACAACAAUUAUGAUCAUCAUAAACACAUCGUAAGGACGAUAAAUUUAUGUGAACUCGAGAACAACGAAGAUAUUACAAUAAUGAUAACAUAAUAAUCCUUAUUAUUAUAAUAUUAUAAAUGUAAAAUUAAGUUUGUUUGUUGCAUCUUGGCAUUAUAACUGCUCAACCAAUUGCCAUGAAAAUUGGUAUACGUUUAUUAUUUAAGUAUACACCACUACCCACGCAUAUAUAGAGAAGAGCAUAGACGCAUUUAUUCCAAUUAAACAAAAUAUCCCAGUUAUAAUCUCGGAUAAAAACGAAUUAUUUAUAAAUUUAAAGAAAAACUACAGCAUAGGGUUCUUCAAAAACGGGCUAAAGAGGUUUCAUCAGGUUUGACUACGCGCGCAUAAUGCCCUUGAUAUUGCAAACGUUCACAGGAUACGAUAACCGCUUACCAUCAGGUGGGUCGAACGCUUGUUUGCCAAUCAGUGGUAUAAAAUAGCGCUAUUUAUCAACAUGUGAACAUAUUUAAUUAGUCAUUUGUAAAUAUUUGCUUCUUAUUGUGAUAAAAUUUAUCUUGCUAAUUAUUUUGAGCAAAUACACCAAACGUCAUAUAAGAAUAAAUUACUUAUUGUGAUGUAA